GCGGGGCGGGGCGGGCGGUGUUGCUCGGGGCUCCCGGGUUUCUCCGUUCCGGCUCCCGCCGCCGCCGCCGCUCCGGGCCCGCCCGGUCAAAGUCCCUCCGCCAUGAGCGGGGCACCGGGCGGCCGCCGGCCGGCCUUCCCUGGCCUCCCAGGGGAGCUGGUGCUGGAGGAGGCGGCGGGCGCCCGGCAGCGCUGCCGAGAGGGAGACGGCUCCGUCCCCGGGACGCUGCUUUGCACCAACCGGCGCGUCGCCUUCCUGCCCGCCCAGGCUCCUGGCUCCCGUGCCUUCCUCCACAGCGAGUACGACGUGGCACUGCCCUGCAUCCGCAAGCUGGUGGCAGCCAGCAGCUACACCAAACCCAAGGUGCUGACGGCCGCCUCCACCCUCAAGUUCAUCCCCGAGGAGUUGGCCGUUUUCUGCCGGGAUUUCCGCCUGCUCCGCUUCCACUUCCACGAGAACGGGUUGGCUCUGCAGGCGUUUCGGGUCGCCAAUGCCAUCGCCCAAGCGCGGGAGGCAGCUGCAUGGCUGGGGGAUGCUGGCGAGGGACAAGAUGGCUGGUCCUGCCCGGCCGAAGCUCCUUUGGAGGAUGAGGAUAAGGAAGAGGAGGAAGGCUCGGCUGCCACGCUGCUCUUCGAAAGCCUGCGUGACUGGGAGAAGGAGCUGAAGCGCCUGGGUGCCGUGGGCUGGAGGGUGAGCGCCGUCAACGAGCGCUUUGACAUGGCCCCCAGCCUCCCCCAGUACCUGUGGGUGCCCAGCGGGCUCCUGGACCACGACCUCAAGCGGACCUUCGCCCACUUUGAGGAGCGCCGGGUGCCCCGCCUGUGCUGGCACCACCCAGGCGGCGGAGACCUGCUGAGAGCCGCCGGCUUCCAUGCAGCCUCCGAGCCAGGCAGCGAGGAUGUGAGGUGCCUAGAGGCUCUGCUGCUGGGGGGCCGUGGGCCUUGCGUGCUGGCCGACACCGCCGAGCUGCCCACCCUCGCCGACAUCCAGGCCGCCCACCUCAAGCUGCGGGCGCUCUGCCUGCCCGGUGCGGCGGCGGAAGAGAAGUGGCUCUCAGCCUUGGAGGGUACACGCUGGCUGGACCAUGUCCGCAUCUGCUUGAGAAAAGCUGUUGAGGUGGCAUCGCUGCUGGCGGGGAGACGCUGCUCCGUCCUCCUGCAAGAGCCAUCAGACCGGGACCUAAACUGCCUGCUGGCCUCGCUGGUGCAGCUCCUGGGGGACCCCCACACCCGCACUCUGCCCGGCUUCCAGAGCCUGGUGCAGCGGGAAUGGGUGGCAGCCGGACACCCCUUUCCCCACCGACUGGGGCUCCUCCGUCGCGACAGCCCCCAGGAGGAGGCUCCCGUUUUCCUGCUGUUCCUGGACUGCACGUGGCAGCUGGUGCGGCAAUUCCCGGCGGCUUUUGGCUUUACCGAGGCCUAUCUCCUCGCCCUCCAUGACAGCAGCUUCGCCCCUUACUUCAGCACCUUCCUCUUCAGCUGCCAGCGGCAGCAGGGACGAGGCAGCCCGCACCGGCCUCGUAGCCAGACCUACACGCCGGUGAACAGUUGGCGGGACCCCCAGCCAGGUGUGCCACGGGCGGGCAGGACAGGCAGCCCUGCCUGCAGGCUGCCCACUGUCUGGGACUGGGGGCUGCGCUACAGCCGGCACCAGCGGGCCCGAUUCAGGAACCCGGCAGGUGCUGCUGGCGCCGUAGGACCCCCCGACGCUGCAGACCCCCAGACCCCGAGCAGGCCCACUGAUGCCUGGCCAGGGCCGGGGGCUGGCAACGUCUUCAUGCUGACCAAGGGGACGUUGUCACCCCAACCCUUUCCCUGGAGGAGCGGCCGUCCCCCCUCACGCCUGUCUCGCUGGGCCCCCUCCCUGGAGAGCCUUGGCGAGCAGGGGGGCAGCCCGGGGGGUAACCGGCCCCCUGCCCCCACCCCGGGGCUGCUGCUGCCCUGCGCUGCGGGACCUUCCGUCCGGCUCUGGCAGCGCUGCUACCUGCGGGGUCUGCCCGAGGCACAGCGUGGGCGCUUCGCCCCAUCUCCGGCCGGCCUGGCCGAGGAGCUGACAUUGCUGCAGGACCGGCUCAGCGCCUGGCAGCCAGCGGGACCCUGCACUGAGGCCGCUGGCAGCCCCCUCGCACCCUCCCGGUGAGGGUCCCGGGGAUGGGAUCCCCCACUCUGUGGGGACACACGGCUGCUGGGACAGCCCCGUCCCUCGGCAGGGCUCUGGGGUGUCCCAUCCCCGGGGCUCCCUCCAGCCUCACAGAUUUUGGGGACACCCACCCCCAAAAACUGCCCUGCGCCUUCUGCCGUUGCCUUUGAGCGGUUCCCCACUGCUGCGAUCCUGCUCCUCACCAGGCCGCAGGGCUUUUUGGGGCCGGAUCCUGUGGUGCCACUCAGCUGCUGGUGCCUGGGCUGGAGGAGGCAGAGCGGGGGCGUCCCCAAAGGUGCCCCCGACUCUCACCGUGUCUGGCAGUUUCUUUGUUUUUCAUUAAAUUCUUGCUACCUCCACAGAGGCUUUGAGGAGCUCAGGGCUGGGAUGGUCCCAUCCAGCCCAGGCGAGCAGGAUCAGGCCCCACUCCUGGGCAUUACUGGGGGGGUUUAAUCCCACCAAUGGUGCGGGAGCCCCCAGUGCUUUGCAGGGAGCCCGGCCCUUGGCUCUAGGGCUGUAACACGGGUCCCCGAGGAGGACAGGGACGGCUGGAUCCUGGCUCCCGCAGUGCCCUGGGCCCACCGCAGGGCUCGGCUGUGGCCGUGGUGAGGCUGACAUCCGCACUCCCAUCUCCUCCGCCGUGGGAUGGCAUGAGGGACCCGCUCCAGUGCCCUGAAAUGCCUCGGGAUGGAGGGGGGACAGGAAUGGGGAUGAGGUGGGAGAUUGGGGAGCCACGGGUGGCCCCCCCAGUCCUCCUCCCGGGGGGCUGGCGGAGGCAGGUGGGACCCUCACCCUGCUGGGGGCUCUUGGCCAGCUCCUCUUCCACGAGGUCUGUAUUUCGGAGCCCAUUAAAGUGCAGUUUUGCAGGUGA